AUGGGCUCAAUUAGCAACCCCACGGCGGGGAUUAGAAUUUCAAUUGAUCGAGGAGGAACUUUCACAGAUUGUGUAGCAUCUGUGCCGGGGCAAGAUGAUAUUCUAAUAAAGCUACUAUCGGUUGACCCGAACAACUAUCCAGAUGCACCGGUCGAAGCGAUCAGAAGAGUUCUGGAAAAGGCGACGGGAAAGUCAUAUCCUAAAGGGCAGAAAAUAUCACUGAGAGGAGUUGAAUCAAUCAAGAUGGGUACAACAGUUGCUACGAAUGCUCUUCUGGAAAGGAAAGGAGAGCCAACCGUUUUGGCCGUGACAAAGGGUUUAAAGGAUUUACUGCAUAUUGGUAACCAGUCAAGACCAAAACUUUUUGAUAUGGCCAUCAAUAAACCGGAUGUGCUUUAUUCCAAGGUUAUUGAGGUUUCUGAGCGUGUCACGCUGGAAGCUUGGACCGAGAGCAAAGUUCCAGAAGCUAUAGACCUAUCUCAAGAUACCCAAUUGGUGAAAGGAAUCACAGGAGAGGUAGUCAGGGUACUGGAACCCUUAGAUAUCAAUGCCACAAGACAGUCGUUACAAGAAGCCUACGACGAAGGAUUCCGCUCCAUCGCCGUAUGCUUGAUGCACAGUUACACCUACCGAGACCACGAAUUAGCAAUUGGCAAGCUCGCAGAACAAAUAGGCUUCACGCACGUCUCCCUCAGCGCCGAACUUGCACCCGUCAUCAAAAUUGUACCCCGCGGCCACUCCUCCACAGCAGACGCCUACCUAACCCCCGAAAUUCAACGCUACAUUGCCGGUUUCGAAUCCGGCUUCGAAGACCUACGUGCAAGUGGCUGCCGCUGUGAAUUCAUGCAAAGCGAUGGCGGGCUUGUCGAGUUCACGUCUCUCUCUGGGCUGAGAGCUAUCCUUUCCGGCCCAGCAGGCGGCGUUGUGGGAUAUGCGCGUACAUCUUCAGAUCCUAUUGCUAAUACGCCUGUUAUUGGUUUCGAUAUGGGCGGUACUAGCACGGACGUGUCGCGUUUUGCUGGAGAGUUGGAACAGAUCUUUGAUAGUACGACAGCUGGUGUUACGAUUCAGAGUCCGCAGUUGGAUAUCAAUACUGUUGCUGCGGGUGGAGGGAGUAUUUUGAAAUGGCAGAGUGGGAUGUUCAAAGUUGGCCCGGAGAGUGCGAGUGCGCAUCCUGGACCGGCUUGUUAUCGAAAGGGGGGACCUCUGACGGUUACGGAUGCGAAUCUGGUACUGGGGAGAUUAAGACCGGAGUAUUUUCCGAAGAUCUUUGGGAAGAAUGAGGAUUUGCCGCUUGAUGCUGAGGCGAGUCGGAAACUGUUUGAGGAGCUUACGGCUGAGAUUAAUAAAGAGAUUGAGGUUAAACUGAGUUUGGAAGAAGUUGCGGCUGGAUUCCUGGAUGUUGCGAAUGAGUCUAUGUGCAGGCCUAUCCGUACUUUAACAGAAGCAAAAGGAUACGAUGCCGGGCUUCACAACUUGGCAUCUUUCGGUGGUGCAGGGGGUCAACACGCCUGCGAUAUCUCCAAAGCUCUGGGAAUAUCCCGUGUACUCAUUCACAAGUACUCUUCGGUCCUGUCAGCGUAUGGGAUGGCCCUCGCCGAUGUUGUCCACGAGGAACGAAGUCCGUCAGCCUUGAUAUACACCGAAAAAGACCGGCCGCUAUUUGCUGCAGAACUAGACAAAUUACAAACCAAGACGGUAGAGGCCUUGCUGGAGCAACGGGUCCCGAAAGACCGUAUAACUUCUGAAAGACAUCUCAACAUGAGAUUUCACGGAAGCGAUACUCCAUUAAUGAUACAGGAAACCGCUGAUUCGGACUUCAUCACAUCAUUCAAAAACGUACAUCAAGCACAAUUCGGCUUCCUACCAGUCGGCCGCGAUAUAAUCAUCGACGACUACCGAGUCCGCUCAAUUGGCCACAGCAUGUUGGACCUCCCUACCCCCUGGUCCAUCGAACUCGCCUCCUUCAAAAGCUGGUCCCACCCUACCACCAAGACAAACGCACCCGUCUACUUCGAAUCAGCCUGGCACCAAACCCCCAUCCACGACCUCUCAACCCUUUCACCAGGCCUACGCAUCCCCGGCCCAGCCCUAAUAAUCGACUCUUCGCAAACCCUCGUCGUGCCUCCUGAAGCAACAGCCAGCAUCCUAUCUAGCAUGGUUAUCUUAGACAUUUCUUCCUCUGCCAAGAAGGAGAUCUCGUCGAAGACGGUAGAUCCUAUUCAGUUGAGUAUUUUUGGACAUAGGUUUAUGGGCGUGGCAGAGCAGAUGGGAAGGGCGUUGCAGAAGACGAGCGUUAGUACUAAUAUCAAGGAACGUUUGGAUUUUUCGUGUACGGUGUUUUCGCCCGAGGGGGGGUUGGUGGCUAAUGCACCGCAUGUGCCUGCUAUGAUUGGAAGUAUGGCUUUUGCGGUGAAGUGGCAGAUGGACUAUUGGGGUGAUAAUUUGAGGCCGGGUGAUGUUAUUCUGUCGAACUCGCCUGUCUGUGGGGGGACGCAUCUUCCUGAUCUUACUGUCAUCACGCCUAUAUUUGACACGGAAGGCAAGGAUAUCAUAUUCUGGACUGCUUCCCGUGGUCAUCAUGCCGAUAUUGGUGGAACUCUACCAGGCUCCAUGCCACCUAAUUCGAAAGAGCUUUGGGAAGAGGGAGCAGUCAUCAAAGCUUUCAAGGUCAUAGAAGGCGGCGAGUUCAAAGAAAAAGAACUGAUCGAUCUCCUAAUGGCACCAGCUCAAUCUCCUGGUUGUCAAGGUACCCGCUGCCUACGAGAUAAUAUAUCUGAUAUCAAAGCACAAGCUGCUGCGAACCACCGUGGGAGUCAGCUGAUUCAUUCUCUGAUUGGGGAUUAUGGACUCGAGAUUGUGCAAUUCUACAGCAAGUCCCUCCCGACCCCUUAG